CCCUGUGGUGUACCACAAGGUUCCGUUCUGGGACCUAUCUUGUUUAAUAUCUUCACCAAACCACAAGUAUUGCCUCCAAAUAUGGCUUGUGUAUUCACCUAUUCGCUGAUGAUACUCAAAUGUAUGUUGGCUUCGAAGACAAGUCUGAAAAUGCUGUAG